AUGGAAGCCACCUUCAACAACACUAGUGUGGUAGAGGAGGAACUUUGCUCUUGGGUUCCGCAACCAGAUGGUCGUGGCACACUAGAUAUAAUCGUAUCUUGUGUGAUAACCAUUUUCCUGUGUAGCUGGACCUGUAUAUGUGUCAAUGUUCCCCCGCCAAAGAAUUCACAAUUUCGACAAUUUCUCGACAAAUGGCACCUGUUUUGCUUGAACGUCCUUGGGCCGGAGUUUGUCUUCAUGCUGGCGCUAGGGCAAUACCUAUCUGCUCGGAAAUCAGUUGAGGCAUUUCAUGACUCAGGUUAUACGGGAUGGACCAUCACUCAUGCAUUCUACGCCGAUAUGGGUGGCUUUACCUUUCAGCCACGAGGUUGGAAAUCGUUCCCAGUCAACAGCAAGGAACUGCAUUACCUAGUCACAAAAGGGUACCUUCCUUUCCCUGAGGUAACAAAGGAACAUAUUCAGGACAAAGAUAAGGCUAGUGGGCUUGCAAGAUUGAUUACCAUCGUCCAAAUUCUCUGGUUCACUCUCGCUGUUAUCAUGAGAUCAGUACAGCAUCUAGCUAUAACUACCUUGGAAAUAACCACCGUUGCCUUCAUAUUUUGUAGUUUAGCUACAGCGGCGUGUUGGAGACAUAAGCCAAUGGAUGUUGAAACUUCCAUCAUCCUCGAGUCCAAUUUCACUAUCGAGGAGAUACUGUUAAACGCUGGCGAAAAAGCUUCGACACCUUAUCGAUAUACUCCCAUGGAUUUCAUCGACAGGAAAGAAUGGAUUACCUAUGUUAUCUGGACCUACUGCAUCAAUGUGUUGCGUCAUAUGAACUUGGUAUAUCAUUCACGCCCCAAACGACCGAUCAACCGAAUUUCGCCAUUCAGAUAUGCCGAGGUUCCAGGUACAAUCUUGGUCAUAUUUGCAUUAUUUUAUGCAGCGAUAUUUUUUUGUUCCUGGAACUUUCACCUCCCUUCCGAGAGAGAGCGGCUAUUCUGGAGGGUGUCUUGUAUCUUUAAUAUUGCAUUGUGUGCCUUUGGCGCCCUUUUUCUGGGUGUAUUUGGCUCUGCUGUGAACGAAUCAGCCAAGAAAAACGAACGAAAGCCCCAAAAAUGUUCCAUGUCGGAAAAAACCACACACCUUCCACCUCCGGUGACUGCCAGGCAAGCAAGAGAUCUAGUCAGAGACGGUGCUUCCUAUGCCAAAAGACUUAUUACCCAUAUUCGGCUUGCGUUGAGGAACAAUUCACCUGACAAAGAUCCAGAAUUUGAUGUGCCGUUCAGAACUCUCAUCCUCUCGACACCGGUUUGCGUCAUGUACGCUAUUUUCAGGAUAUUUGUCUUGAUAGAGGAUGUCAUCUCACUCCGGGAGUUACCUUCUAGCACAUUCCAAACGGUCGAAUGGUCCAGGUAUUGGCCACAUCUUUGA